AUGAUAAUUAUCAUAGGUAACAAGUCUGAAACGAAGAAUACACCAUCAAAAAUUUCACCAAGUACACGUUUAACAAGUUCUCCAAAAACUACUAGCACACAACCUGGUAUACGUUCAAAAUCGAAAUCUAAUGGACAUGGUAAGAGUCGACAUAUAGAUGGUACUUCAAAUAUUCGUUCUACUGCUGUUUCGAAAUCCCAAAAGAAUAAAACUGAAACAAAUAAAUUAAAAUCAGCUACUAAGAAAAAGAUAGCUUCAACCGUUCGUUCAGCAUCAAAACGUUCAACAAUUGCUAAUAAAACAAAUGCAACUAGUACAAAAAGUAAAUCUAAGUCAAAUAAAAGAUCAGAAAAAACCAUAGAUAAUCAUCAAACGAAACAAUCACAUAAAACUAAUAAAGAUCAUACUGAAACAUGUGCUGUACAAUUUGUACCAAAAUUUAAUCCAAAUUCAAAUAAAAAUCAAGUACCAAUAUAUCAUCUCGUACGUCAUGCUUUUGGUAAUAUGGUACGUGAAGCUAUAUGUCAAUUAGAUAAAGAUAAAACAGGUGUUAGUUCACAACAAAUUAUUGAUCAUAUAAUUAAACAUUAUACAUUUCCAAAUAAUAUUUCGGAAAGUGUUGUACGUAAUCGUGCUAUGUUUACGAUUAAUUCUGGUUUACGAGCUGGUACUUUACUAACUGUUAGUUCGAACAAAGGUGUUCGUAUUGGUCGUAUGCGUCAUAAUUACGCACGCAUGCUUUGCUAA